AUGGAGCUCUGUUUGAGCUUAGGAGAUGUGCAAGCUCCUGCAGAGCCAUUUGGGUUAGUCUCAUCAUCAUCAUCAGAGAAGCCUCGUGAUGAUCGGGUCAUCAUGGCCGCCUCCAAAACGGCAGGGUUUUGCAUGAGCUUAUCAAUCGGUCCAAGCUGUGACAGCAGCACGAGUACUAGUCCUAGAGAAGCAGAUCAACAACUUGAUACAAAUGAUCAUCAAAAUGAUGAUGAUCGAAGUAGGUUUAGUGCUGCUUGUGGUUCCAAAUCAGAUGUACCAGUCCAACUUGAUCUUCUCCCCCACACUCCUGUAGCCCCCAGAAGCAGCAGCCAUGGCUUCCCUUGGCCCACUCCUUCAGAUCAAAACGUAGGAGGAGGAGGAGGAGGAGGGGGCUCUUCAGAAAACGUGAACAGAGUGGAGGAAGUGGCGGCGGUGUCAUCGUCGCCGACAAACAGUGGUGCGUCGUCGUUUCAGAUGGAUAUAGGGUUAUACAGCAGCAAUUACAGGGGCAGUGGAGGAAAGAGGAGUCACUCUCCAGAAGCAGAAGGGGAUGAGGGAGAAAGGCAAUCUAAUUCUAGAGCAAGUGAUGAGGAUGACAUCAAUGGCAUCAACACCAGGAAGAAGCUCAGGCUCUCUAAAGAACAGUCUGCUUUUCUUGAAGAAAGCUUCAAAGAACACCACACUCUCAACCCUAAGCAAAAGCUAGCACUGGCAAAACAGCUUAAUCUUCGUCCAAGACAAGUAGAAGUUUGGUUCCAGAAUAGAAGAGCAAGGACGAAGCUGAAGCAAACGGAGGUUGACUGUGAGUUUCUGAAGAGAUGCUGUGAGACACUAACGGAAGAGAACAGAAGGCUACACAAAGAGCUACAGGAGUUGAGGGCUUUGAAGACUCAUCAUCAUUCAAACCCAUUCUACAUGCAAUCACCAGCCACAACCCUCACCAUGUGCCCUUCCUGUGAGCGCAUCGCCACCACCAACACCACUAGCACCACCACCACCACCAACAACAACAAAACUACUACAAAAGCCCAAGCAGAAGCAGAUGGCUUCCCAAGAUUCUAUCCAUUUUGUCAACCCCAAUCCCACCACUCUUCUGCAGCUUCAUGA